CCUCAUUCAACUCACCCAAGAACACUUGACGCUGGGUGCGUUUUACCCAGCCACCUACAUUUGUAACAUCUCUUUAUUCUUAAUACUGAGCUCUUCUACCUUUCGAGUCCUCAGCCCUUCUGUAUGCGCAAGCCAUAAAACGGAACGGCAAUAGUUGAGGCGCUGAGCGCUCCGUCUGCCUCGACAUCCUAUUUUUGCAAAUCGCCUACCGUUCUCUAUUUCCUUGCCGCUGGAGGGAUGUUGAAGAUGUCCGCUGCGACCAUGAACAGCACGAGAAACAGAGGCCCUCGCGGCAGAUCUAACGCCCCGGAUCGCGGAGGCAUUCGCAAACGAGGCGCUACGCGUAUGGACCGUGACGGUGAUCUGGAUAUGGAUGGGCCAACCGGUCGUGGCCGUGGUGGAAAGAGGUCGCGCGGUGACUCUGGACGAGGCACACCAGCUGGUGGCCAGACGCAGGGCCGCGAUCAGAGAAGAGCCGGCCCCGAUCGUGAGAGAACUUUAAACGCCAUCCAGAAAGCGCUCACUGGCAAAGUCGACUCUCAAGCCAACAUUAGACAAGCCAGGGGAGGAUUGGAACAAGUCAGUGUCACUGGAUGGAAGCAGAGCAAGGCGGCAUCCAACCCCGACGGUGGCCUUGAGAGUCUGGUCGCAUUUCUUGAAAAGAAAAUCACCCCGCAAGACUCGAAGGCCCCGAACAGUGCCCGCGCAAAGAUAACAAAGUCGCGCGUUGAAGGCGACUCCCUCAUAGUAUCUAUUCGCCCAGAACUUCUAGACAGGAUGCUUCAGAUCAAUGGCUUCACUUUUGCAGGCGCCCCUCUUACCAUCCAGCGCUACGGCGGCGCGGCAGGAGCAGGUGAGCCGACAACGGCUGACACCAAAGCCAAAAUGACUGCAUUCCUCGGCAAGCGCUACUACCAGCAGACAAAGUUGCUUGAUCUUUCCAAUCUUGCCAGCGACCCGGAUCUGCUGGAGAUGGGCAUGUUCAACAGCAUGUCUACCCAAUCGAAAUUCUUCCCUGCUUUGAUGAAGGUGUGGGAAAUGGGCUUUGACAACGCGAAGGCUAGACGCGAAGCUGUUGAAAGUGUCAGUCUCGCGAACAACCAACUAUCUAACAUCUCCGUUGUUACUACCCUAUCGCAAACGUUCCCCGACCUCAAAAACCUCGACCUAUCCAACAACGCUUUCAAGGACGCGCAGGCUUUGAUCAACUGGAGAUGGAAGUUCCGGCAUCUCGAGUUCCUCGACCUUAGCGGCUCACCAUUCAGCGCCGAUCCUAAAUUUAAGGAUACGAUGCUCAGAUGGUAUCCGAGAUUGAGGAUGUUGAACAACAUAGAAGUUCGGACAGCGGAGGAACUUGCCGCUCAGAAGAAGACGCCUAUUCCAGUCCAGGCUCCAUAUCUCCAGGAUGACUCUCAGAUCGCGGAGAACUUUGUCAAAGCUUUCUUUGUCGGAUUCGACAACGACAGGAAUGAUCUGGUGAAUGGUAUCUACGACAACAGUUCCACAUUCUCUCUCAGUGUCAAUACAGCCGCCCCGCGAGCCUUACAGUCGGAUGCGACUGCCAGCUGGGACCAGUGGAUCAAGAAAAGCAGGAAUUUACUCAAGAUCAGCCAUCUUCCCGCUCGUAUGUCUCGUACUUACACCGGGGCUGAGAAGAUCCGCGAGGUGUGGAAUACCCUGCCGAAAACGAAGCACCCUGACAUGAUGGCUCACCCAGAGGACUGGCUCAUUGAAUGUCACCCGGUCCCCGGUCUCCCCGAUCCAACUGGACAGAGUGAGACUGGCGUCGGUGGUCUUUUGAUCAUGGUGCACGGCAAAUUUGAUGAGAUCAACACGUCCAACCCGUCCAAAGUCGAGACUCGGAGCUUUGACCGUACUUUCGUGCUUGGCCCCGGUGGUGGAGUUGGGGGCUUGAGAGUGGUCAAUGACAUGCUCUGUUUGAGGGCGUAUGGUGGCAACGAAGCUUGGGGACCAGACGGCCAGUCGGCCACUGUCAAUCCUCAGAUAGCUCAGCCACAGGCAGCACCGGCAGUCCCGGCAGUCCCGGCAGUCCCUCAGCCCGUUCAUCCACAGGCUCCUGAAGGUUAUGGUAUGCCGGCACCAGGCAAAGCAGAAGUCCAAGUUCAACAAGAGCAGAUGGUUCUGGAGAUAAGCUUGAAGACCAAGAUGACUCUGCAGUAUUCAGAGAUGGCGCUUUCAGGCAACUCUUGGAACAUGGAGGCCGCGUUGAAGAAUUUCGAAGAACUGAAGACACAGGGCAAGUUGCCUCCUGACGCCUUCCUCCCUGGUGCUUGAUCAGUUCCUCUACUACACGAGUGCACAUCGAGAUGAUUUCUCUUCAGUUUCAUAAAAUUUUUAUUUUCUCACGAAGUCGACUCUGCUGGAGACGUAAGCAGGUGAUCGUUGUUAUCUUUGUAAAAUUAUUACGCAUAUCACGGAAUUAUGUGCAUGGCAUGGCGAAUCACAGGGUGUUAAUUUUGUACUGGUGAUUGAAAUUUGGUUCCUAUUUUCUCAUGCUCGAGCAAACGAGGGGAAAUUUGAGAUUCUACUGUGUUUAUCGAGAUUGAUACCAAGUCGUGACCACUCGACUAAAUCAAAACAAUUGCAUUCUUUUCUAGUGUCGAUCAUUGUUCUUCAGAAAUCAUAACUUGAUUACCACAUAUCUGAAGUCACUAUACGUACAACCCUAACAAGGUGUCAAUAAACUAUAUAUAGUCUAUCGUGGAGUCCGACAUAUAAAUAAAGGAUGAUGAG